AGAAAGAAAGAGGUAGACAGAGAUGCAGAAAUACAGUCAGUCUGCCUGUGCCGGUGACGUUGUGUGUGGCAGUGCUGCUGUACAGUGUGGUCCGUUAGGACCACCAACCCAUCAGGGACUACAGCACAACACAGUCUGGAUCCAGAACCACAACCAGACACCAUGUCAGGCUCCACUCCUGAGCCCGCUCCUCCGAGGGUCCACUCUAAAAAGGCUGGGAUCCGGGCUGCGGUGAUUCUAAUCGGACUCCUGCAAAAGUCACGACGAGCGAAGGAGAGAGAGAGGGAGAAGGAGAGAGKGCGGAAGCAGGAACUGCUGACCAUCUCCAAUGUGCCCUUGGGAGAUUGCCCCCCCUCGCCCCCCCGCACCGCCCCGCCCACCAUGAAGUCUGCCGAGUUCUUUGACAUGCUGGAAAGGAUGCAGGUCCCUAAAUCUGAGGAGACGAAGCCCCACUCGCAGAGAAGCAAGGAUGACUACAUCCCAUACCCGCGGAUAGAGGACAUUCUGAAGAAGGGUAGCCCAUACCCGCAGGUGAUCCUGCCCCAGUUUGGGGGUUACUGGAUUGAGGAUGCCGAGGCGCUUGCGGGCACCCCCACCUCCUCGGAGAGCAGCUUCUGUGAGGAGGAUGACGGAGGGGGCAUGAGCCCUGGGGGAGGGUUCGGCUUCAGGCUGGAGUGUAACAGCUCGGCCAGGGCCUACCGCAAACAUUUCCUGGGCAGGGAGCAUAUGAACUACUACUGCACAGGCAGCAGUCUGGGGAACCUCAUUAUGUCACUGAAGCACGAGGAGGCAGAGGGCCAGGAGUUCCUCCGCAUCUUGCUCAGGUCGAGGACAAAGACACACCAUGACAGGAUCUCUCUGGCAGGCCUCAACCAGCUUCCCAGUGUACCCCAGAUAGCCAAGCUCCUCUGUGACGACGUGACUGGCCUGAAGUUCAACCCGGUCCUGUACCCCAGAGGCUCUCAGUUGAUAGUAGGUUAUGACGAACAUGAAGUGAACAACACCUUUAAGUUUGGUGUCAUCUACCAGAAGUUUGGUCAGACGUCAGAGGAGGAGUUGUUUGGGAACAACGAGGAGACGCCAGCCUUCCGGGAGUUCCUCGGUGUUCUGGGAGACAACAUAGAGCUGAACGACUUUAAGGGGUUCCGUGGUGGUCUGGACGUAUCUCACGGUCAGACAGGCUCUGAGUCCGUCUACACCGUCUUCAGAGAGAGAGAGAUGAUGUUCCACGUCUCCACUAAACUACCCUUCACUGAGGGAGACGUACAACAGCUCCAGAGGAAGAGGCACAUAGGAAAUGACAUCGUGGCGGCAGUCUUCCAGGAAGAUGCCACGCCCUUUGUGCCUGACAUGAUCGCCUCCAACUUCCUCCAUGCGUAUGUGCUGGUGCAGGUGGAGAACCCUGGUACUGAACACACUACAUACAAGGUGUCUGUUACAGCGAGGGAGGAUGUACCUCCGUUUGGCCCACCUCUCCCCAAUCCAGCGGUCUUCAAGAAAGGUCCUGAGUUCCGCGACUUCCUCCUGACAAAGCUGAUCAAUGCAGAGAACGCCUGCUACAAGUCUGACAAGUUUGCCAAGCUAGAGGUGAGAAGGGCAGAUGACUCGACACCCUGGAUGUGCUGUUCAAUCUCUUUCAUCUAUCGCAAUCCCCUCUACUACUGCUUCUUAAAUGAUACAUUGCGGAGAAGUGCACUGUGGAAAAAAUGGGGUGAAUUAAUCUGGCAACUGGAGGGCUGCUGGCGUGCCAUGCGCGUCCGGAGUCACUCCAUGGAGACCAUGGUGGGGUCCCACCGUCACCGGAGUCCAGGGGUGGGAGGGGGGGUCCCGGCCAGCUUGAGUGGAGGGGGGCUGCCGCAGAGCACCGAGUGCACAAAGAGUACCUUCACGCCACCGGUGCUGUCAGCCAAGUCUCCCCUAAAGAGUCCAGUGAAGCGUCGUUCAGGCCUCUUCCCCCGCCUCCACUCCAGCACAGAGAGCCCCUCGGACAGACACACGCGCAGUGACCAAAAGACCCCAGACAUCUGCCCGCUCGGACAGGAAGGGAGGUCAGAGACGUGGUCCAACCCCAGCUCGCCGGAGAGGCCGUUCCUCAAGCUGAAGGACUGCAGCAGACCCAACAUCUCCCGCUCCUCCUCCAGCACCAGCAGCUUCAGCAGCACCACCGGGGAGGGAGAGGCCCUGGAGGAGCUUGACACUGGAACCCACCCGUCCAUAGCCUCCUCGUCCGUGUUCAGCCCCUACCCUUCCCUCAGCGUGGAGAGCCAAGGCUCUGCCACCCCCCUCAUCAUGUGUCGCAGUCCCACAGAUGUAAAGAGUAAGAUGUCUCCCAGGUCAAACUUGAAGUUCCGCUUUGACAAGAUGAGUCACGCCACAACUACAUUAGGAUAUGAUAGGUGGAUAUAGCAUCAGGUCCUGUAUCACAGUCCCAUCACUGCUCAGUCUGCUCUCAGCUGGGUCCUGUAUCACAGUCCCAUCACUGCUGAGUCUGCUCUGAGCUGGGUCCUGUAUCACAGUCCCAUCACUGCUGAGUCUGCUCUGAGCUGGGUCCUGUAUCACAGUCCCUUCACUGCUGGGUCUGCUCUGCAUCCCUCAUCUCUUGUCUGUAGUACACUAUCUAGCUAGAGAUCCUGCUUUAACCUAUCAGCUUGAUCCCUCAUUAGAAUAGAGAUGACGAUGAUGAUGAUGAUGAUGAUGAUGAUGAUGAUGAUGAUGAUGAUGAUGAUGAUGAUGAUGAUGAUGUUGUAAUGGGACAUUUCUGUCAUUUUCUAUUGCAGUCCGAGUAGAAAUCUGAAUAUUCCAAAAAAGGGACAACACUGGCUGUUGGAGCAAAAAACAUCCCCAACAUCACCAACGCAUCACAAUGGAAUCACAAAAUGUACUUAACUUCAUGACUAAAGGGAAUUAAGUGGAUUAGCUAGUGCAUAAGAGCACACAUGCAGACAGAUAUGGGGUGGAAAGGAGGGAGAAUCCUAUGAGUCCUCUCAGUAUCUCUCUCUCUCUCUCUCUCUCUCUCUCGUCUCCCUCUCCCUCUUCCCUCUCUCUCUCUCUCUCUCUCUCUCUCUCUCUCGAUGUGUCUGGUACAGAAAUAGCUCACAGUGAGCGGCUAGGCGCCAUGUGUUGCUGAAAUACUCAUCUGUAACAUUAACCUCAUACAACAACUAGACAAGGCAAGGUUUAAAGGUCCAAUGCAGGCAUUUUUAUCUCAAUAUAAUAUAAUUUCGGGGUAACAAUAAAUUACCUUACUGAGAUUGUUUUCAAAUGGUCAAAAAGAAACAAAAAUAGCUCGUUAGCAAAGGGCAAUUUCUCAAGCAAGAAUUUUGCUAGGACUGUC